UAUGCUGGAGUACUCUCUCAACCUGCAGAACGUGAGCUUCUCCGCUGUGAGGACGGUGCGCGUACUGCGACCGCUGCGGGCCAUCAACAGAGUGCCAAGCAUGCGUAUCCUGGUCACCCUUCUGCUGGACACCCUGCCCAUGCUGGGCAACGUGCUGCUGCUCUGCUUCUUCGUCUUCUUCAUCUUCGGCAUCGUGGGCGUGCAGCUGUGGGCGGGGCUUCUGAGGAACCGCUGCUUCGUGGAGGUCAACUUCUCUUUCCCCCUGUCCCUGGAGCUGGGGAAGUACUUCCACACGGAGAACGACGACGAGAACCCCUUCAUCUGCUCGCAGCAGCGGGAGAACGGAAUGCGAGAGUGCAGCUCGGUGCCCGUGCUGUACGAGGAGGGCGGGCUGCAGUGCCGGCUGGACAUGGACGCGUACAACUCCACCGACAACACCACCUGCGUCAACUGGAACCAGUACUACACCAACUGCUCCGCCGGCCUGGUCAACCCCUUCAAGGGCGCCAUCAACUUCGACAACAUCUGCUACGCCUGGAUCGCCAUCUUCCAGGUCAUCACGUUGGAAGGAUGGGUGGACAUCAUGUACUUUGUGAUGGAUGCUCACUCCUUCUACAACUUCAUCUAUUUCAUCCUGCUCAUCAUUAUCGGCUCCUUCUUCAUGAUCAACCUGUGCCUGGUGGUCAUCGCCACGCAGUUCUCGGAGACCAAGCAGCGCGAGAGCCAGCUGAUGAAGGAACAGCGCGUGCGCUUCCUGUCCAACGCCAGCACGCUGGCCUCCUUCUCGGAGCCGGGCUCCUGCUACGACGAGCUGCUCAAGUUCAUCGUGCACGUGGUCCGCAAGGGCGCCAAGCAGGGCGCGCACGUGGCCCGCGCCCUGCUGCGGCGCGCCGGGGUCCGCAUCGCGGCCACGCCCCCGCCGCCGGAGCCCCAGGGACGCCAGCGCCGGCGCAGGAAGGCGUCGCGGCAGGGCUCGGUGUCGGCGCCGCAGCCGGCGCCGCACCAGUCGCACCACCACCACCACCACCCGCACCACCACCACUGCCACCUGGGCAACGGCAGCGCGCGACACACGGCCGGGGCCCGGGGCCCCCACGGGGCCGGGCUGGCCUCCUGGGACCUGGAGGCCGGUUCCCGUGGCGGUGACGGCGGCGGCAGCGGUGGGCGCCUCUCCCUGGCCCCGCCCCCGUGCGCCAUGGCGACGGCCAACUCGGACACCCACCUGGCGGUCUCGGCCGCCCCCCUGGGCGGGCCGCCCCGCAGAUCCUACUCCACCACCCGGGCCUCGGCCCCGGGCUCCGGGGCCAUGAAGAGGAACUCGGUGCCGUUCGCGGGGCCGGGGCAGAAGAACUACCCCACCCUGCAGGCCACGGCCCUGGCCGAGGCCCGGAGAGGCAGCGCCGCCGCCCACAUCCACUACGGCCUCAACAUCCCCGCCAGGACCCCGACAGACGACCCUCCAUGCUGGACGCCGGACCCCCCGCCACAGCUCCGCCAGCAGCGGCCCCGGCGCGGCCGACUGACCACGACCUUCGACCCCGAGGGCUGCCCCUACUGCGCCAAGGCCCUGGCCCUUGGCGGCGACCCGGAGGGCGGCUUCGACGACUCCGACAGCGAGGGCGUGUACGAGUUCACCCAGGACCUCCACCACCGGGACGGCCGGGACGGCCGGCAGCCCGGCCCGCUGGGCCGCGGCCCGGGCCUCACCGCCGCCCGCGUGGUGCGCUUCUGGAGACUGGUCUGCGACACCUUCCGCAAGAUCGUGGACAGCAAGUACUUUGGCCGCGGCAUCAUGAUCGCCAUCCUCAUCAACACCCUGAGCAUGGGCAUCGAGUACCACGAGCAGCAGUGUAGUGAAGGUAAGGUUCAGCAGGCGGUAGAUCUGGUGGAGAUGGGAGACAGACGCCAGCAGCUUGAGCAGCAGAGAGUCCUCACCUAG